AUGUCCAGGAAUUCCGUAACUUUUGUGGUGGCUCUUGUAGCACUGACAGGCUCGUCCUUGGCAAAGGAUAUCUACGUCUCGCCGACUGGUACUGGUGCUGGUACUGCGGCGGCGCCGUAUGGAUCUAUCCAAGCUGCUGUGAAUGCGGCGGUGGCGGGAGAUAACAUUCUUCUCAGGGCUGGGACGUACAAGCCAACGACCAACAUCCAGAUCACCAAGAGCGGCACAGCUACCGCUCCCAUCACACUCCGUUCCUUCGAGAAUGAACAAGUGAUUCUUGACGGAGAGGACUUACCAGGCACCCCUUACGCUCUCGACGCCUCCCUCCCCAACAAAGAACGCGGCAUCCUCCACAUUGAGAACGCGAACUACUGGCGUUUCUACCACCUCACCCUCAUCAACGGGCCCUACGGCGUCUACGCCCGCACCGCCUCCCACAACACCUACGACCUGCUCGUCACGCACGACAACUACGAGACGGGCUUCCAGCUCGAAGGCGUCUCCGCCAACAAUACCGUCACAAACCUCGACUCGUACCGCAACCGCGACCCACGCAAGAACGGUGAGAGCGCCGACGGCUUCGCCUGCAAAUCCGGGUCCGGAACGGGCAACGUGCUGCGCAACGCGCGCCUCUGGGACAACGUAGACGACGGUCUCGAUCUGUUCAUGUUCGCGGACGCCGUCACGCUGGACGAAGUGUACGCGUGGGGCAACGGAGUGAACCGAUGGGGCUUCUCGUCGUUCAACGGCGACGGCAACGGUUUCAAGCUCGGAAUCACCGGGAACCCGCCCGCGAACCACAUCGUGCGCAACUCGAUCGCGUUCGCGAAUGCCAAGAAGGGGUUCAUUGAUAACGGAAACCCAGGCGCGUUGCAGGUGAGCCGGAACACGGCGUGGGCGAACGGGGAUGUGGGGUUCAAUUUCCGCAGUUCGUCGUCGAGGGUUAGUGCGAAUAUCGCUGCGGUGAACGUGGGCUCGGCUCAGGUGUCGCUUGUGUCGACUGUAGUGGCGACCGGGAACUCGUGGCAAUCGGGGACCUGGUCGAACUCGACCUUCAAGAGCGUGGAUCCGAGUGUGUUGAAGGGGCCGAGGGGUGCAGAUGGAAGGGUUGUGGCGAGUGACUUCUUGAUUCCGGUAUCUGGUGCUGCUAUUGGGGCGACCACGCGGGCUCGUGUCUGA